AUGUCUCAAAUAACGCAACAGCCAAUGUCUUGGACAUCAAUAUCAAUUGCUAAUAUUGAUGCUAUUGAACAGUUCAAAUCAGUCGAUUCAUUAUCGAUCAAUCAUGGAAAAUAUGCUGGUUUUUUUUCAGUAUUGACUAAUGUUCCAAUGCAAGCAAAAUAUGGAAUACUUAACAAUCGAGGUGAACAAUUAUUUUCUGCAUUUGAAGAAUCGGAUUUAUUUGACCGUAUAUUUUCAACAAAAGGGCGCGAAUUUACUAUGCAUGUUCUUGAUAAUUAUGGUCGAGAACUUAUUAGAGUUCAUCGUGAAUUACAAAGUUGUUCAGGAUGUAAUUGUUGUGGUAGUUGUGAAGGUUGUAUGCAACAAGUUACCGUUGAAUGUCCACCAGGACAAAUUAUUGGCACUGUUCAACAAGAAGGUAGUAGAUCCGGUAUGAAUUACGUUAUUAAAGAUGUAAAUAAUAUACCGAUGUUAACUAUAAUGGGUCCAUCCUGUAUUUGUAAUGGAGUUUAUUCUUGUGGUUGUGAAAAUAAAUAUAUAGUGAGUACUGAUCGAACAACAGAAAUUGGAGUUAUUGAUAAGAAAUAUCCUGAAAGUAUGCAACUUUCAUCAGCAAAUCCUGUUGCUUUCACAGUCAAUUUUCCAUUGAAUCUUGAUACUAAAAUGAAAAUUCUUAUACUUGGUGCACUUUUUCUUAUUGAUAUUGGAAACUAUCAAAUGCUUCGUUUACGUAAUUAA